UGCACAGACUGACAUUAAGAGACACAAAUCACACAUUUCCUCUGCUCGGCGCAACCCGUAGGUGGCGCUAUUGACUUUGUUUUGUCAGAAAAAAAGGAACUAAAGCUCCUGAUUGACGGAUUGCUAUCCAGUAGCCUACAUGAAGCGGAAAAUUUCCACCAAUCACGUGGCUCUUGUCUCCUCGACGAGCAUGCAGUUUGAGGAUGGUAUAUUAAUGAAGGAUUACAUGACGAUGAUAAUGUAUAUGGUCGUGCUGUGUUUCACGCUGGCGAUUUCGUUAAUGUUUUGGGUCCUGUCCCUGACUGCCAGCACAUACUACGGCACUCUGCAGCCAGUUUCUCCAUGGCGGUGGCUGUUCUCAGUGCUGAUCCCGCUCUUCAUCACAUUUCGAGCCUUUAAACGCAAGAGUCUUGAUCAUGGCGGUGCCAUAGGAGCGAUGCUGGUUGGCUUUGUUCUUACUAUGGCCAACAUGAGCUUUUUUGCAGUUUUGCUCACCUUUUUCAUCACAUCCACCAAACUAACCAGGUGGAAGGGGGAGAUCAAAAAACAAAUCGACCCGGAUUAUAAAGAAGGUGGCCAGAGGAACUGGUUGCAGGUGUUCUGCAAUGGAGGAGUUCCCACAGAAUUGGCUCUGCUCUACAUGAUUGAGGCCGGUCCCGGCGAAAUAGCCGUGGAUUUCGGAAAGCAAUACUCCGCUUCGUGGAUGUGCUUGUCGUUAUUGGGAGCUCUGGCCUGCAGCACUGGGGACACCUGGGCUUCUGAGGUCGGUCCUGUGCUUAGUAAGAGCAAACCCAAGCUGAUCACCACCUGGAGAGACGUCCCAACAGGUACCAAUGGUGGAGUCACUUCUGUUGGGUUACUGGCCAGUUUUUUGGGUGGAGGCGCAGCGGGGGUAGCGUACUUCUUCAUGCAGCUCCUGUUGGUGAAAGAUUUGCAUUUAGCAGUUUCUCAGUGGCCUCUCGUCUUGUAUGGAGCGAUAGCUGGGUUGUUUGGUUCACUGCUGGACUCACUCCUAGGUGCAACCAUGCAGUAUUCAGGUUAUGAUGAAUCCAUCCGCAAAGUUGUGAGUUACGAGUCUCCAAGUGUCAAACGCAUAUGUGGGAAACCCAUCCUGGACAACAAUGGAGUCAAUCUGUUCUCCUCGGUCCUCAUAGCUCUGUUCCUGCCUGGGUUUGCUUGGAUUUUCUGGCCUAGGCCUUGAAUAAUGUGAUUUUGAUGUGUGACGUGUCCCUUUGAGGAUAAUUAGCAAUUUAUGCUAAGACCAAUACCAUUGUUAUCCACUGAAUUUUAAGAAUUAAAAUCAAAAUAAUUUUAUAAA